UAAACACCGGGGGACGUAGCGUUCACUCCGUUUACUUAGUUUGCCAGUGGAGUGGCUCAGUGCCUUACCUCCAGCGCCGGGAUCUCCCCGAUGCCGCAAGGCUUGCCGGGCGGGCCGGGCGGCCAGGCCGCCAUGUGGGAGCCACUCAGCGCCGAGCAGCUCCAGGGGAUGUUCGCCGAGCUGGGCGCCAGCGAGGACACACUGCGGCGGGACGUGGCCGCCAUCCGGCAGUGGAUGGCCAUGCAGCCGCACCUGCCCAGCCUGGACGGGCGCGGCAUUGACGUGGACCACAUGCUGCGGAUGUACCUGCUGCGCUGCAAGAACUCGCUGGAGCGCACCAAGGAGGCCCUCGACGUGCUGCUGUCCAGCCGCGCCACCAUCCCCGAGUUCUUCGCGCAGCGCGACCCCACCGCCCCGGACGUGCAGGGCAGCCUCGACACCACCCUGGUGGCCACCAUGCCGCGGCUCACCCCCGAGGGCUUCCGCGUGCACUACUACGCGUACCCGUCGGCCGACGCCAAGGGCUUCAGCGUGGCGGCGCUGUUCCGGCGCAUCCUCAUGCAGGGCGAGCUGCUGAUGCGCGACGACCUGUCGCGGGGCGACGUGCUCGUCGUGGACCUGGCCAACGGCAGCGCCGCGCGCUUCCGGGACUUCACGCUCGCCCUGCCCCUGUUCGCCAAGUUCCUCCGCGGCGGCCUGAAAAUGUACCCCGCCCGCAUGAAGCAGUUCCACAUCAUCAACUUGCCACCGUUCCUGUCAUCCGUCAUGAACCUCCUGAGCCACGUGAUGCGCGAGAAGCUCUACAGCCGCGUCGUGGUGCACCCGGCGGGCAGCAGCAUGCUCAAGGACACCCUGCCGGCGGACUGCAUCCCCCAGGACUACGGCGGCGAGGGGCCUUCGCUGCGCGAGGGCAACGCCCAGUGGCGCCGCUACCUGUCGGCGCACCGGGACUGGUUCCUGGCCCAGGAGAGCGUCAAGACGGACGAGUCCAAGCGCGUCGGCGCGCCCGCCAGCUUCAUGGACGACAUCGGCUGCCCGGGCUCCUUCCGCACCCUGGCCGUCGACUAG